AUGUCUGGCGACGACCAGACGACUGCUUCUAGUCGCCGCAGCACCGCAACACCAGCAGCGCAGCAGAGAACCAGAGACGCCGGUACGGACGCAGCAGCAGCAUCGGCAGUCGAAGCAACAUCCACCACCGACGAGGCCGUUUUGGGCUCAGCAGCCGUCCUAACAUGUGAAUGUUCGCAUGCGCGCGUCUCGCCACACAAGCCCCCUCCGCUGGACCCCCAUGGGCUGGCGGAAUUUCCAAGCGACUCCCCCCUGCCCUUCGCCCCGCACCUGCGCCUCCUCUGGCGCGCGCUGCAGCAGCAGCCGGGCUUUAAGCCCCUGCCGCUGUCCCCUCACCUGGCUUUCAGGGAGGGCGCGGGGAGGGGCGCGGGCAGGCGGGGAGGGCGGAGUGGGGACGGGAGGGGGGGUGGGGAAGGAGGUAGCGGUGGAGGGAGAGGGGAGGGGGAGCGGGGAAGGGGGGGUGGUGAGCAGGGGGAGGGGGGUGCGCGGGGAGGGGAGGAGGAGAGGCCAGGUGUGAGGAACUGGUUGGUGGAGACGGCAGUGCUGCGGCGGGUGCGGGUGUCGUAUGUGGACUGUGGGGCCAAGGUGCAGGCGCUCACUGCUCUCUGCUACCCUCGCUUCAGGCGCUCACUGCUCUCUGCUACCCUCGCUUCAGGUGUGUGCUGCUGCCAACUCCAGGUGUGUAACGUGUCCCACCCAUCACCCUCACGGCGGGUGCGGGUGUCGUAUGUGGACUGUGGGGCCAAGGUGCAGGCGCUCACUGCUCUCUGCUACCCUCGCUUCAGGCUUGUGCUGCCUGCUUCAGGUGUGUGUGUCCCACUGCUCUCCCUCACACCCUCUCUCCCACACACUCCCUUGGCCCUCCUCUCACUUCCACCUCCUCAGUUGCCGCCUCGCCCUGCUUGCAGUGGUGCUUCUCCUCUCUGCUUCGUCUCCUUCCCUCAUGCCCUCCACAUGCUGUCUGCUCUUUCGGCCUCCCCCCUCCCUGUUGUGCCUCUACUCCUUUCGCCUGCUGUCACUCUCUCGGUUCCUCGCUGUAUUGCCUGCGCUUCCUCUCUCCCCUUCCCCCGCCUCCUCCACGUCUCUCCCAGGUGCGACCUGCCAUUGCUGGCAGUUGAGCUGCCAUUGCUGGCAGUUGAGCUGCCAUUGCUGGCAGUUGAGCUGCCAUUGCUGGCAGUUGAGCUGCCAUUGCUGGCAGUUGAGCUGCCAUUGCUGGCAGUUGAGCUGCCAUUGCUGGCAGUUGAGCUGCCAUUGCUGGCAGUUGAGCUGCCAUUGCUGGCAGUUGAGCUGCCAUUGCUGGCAGUUGAGCUGCCAUUGCUGGCAGUUGAGCUGCCAUUGCUGGCAGUUGAGCUGCCAUUGCUGGCAGUUGAGCUGCCAUCCCUCAUGUCCCUCACAUGUUGCCUAGUUUUGAGGCGCCUCAAAACUAGUUUUCCCUCCACCCCCUGCCCUCCCGCCUCCCCCAGGUGCGACCUGCCUCUACUGGCAGUGGAGCUGCUGUGUUUCAACUCCUCCCGCCUGCUCGCCUUCGUUGACCUGCACCCCACGUCGCCCCACCAACUGCACCGCCUCACCCAGGGAAACCUCCUCCCGCCCACAGUAACUACCCGUCUGAACACUGUUCGCCCGCAGCACGCCCAUCUGCUCACGCCCAUGACGGCGCGCUUCUUCGCAUCUGACUCACACUUCUUCUCCCCACACCUGCUGCUCUACCGCUCUCAGGACGGCUGGGCCGAUGCCAACCUGCAGCCGCCCACAGGUAGUGUGUGGCAGCUCCUCACUGAGUACAUCACAGCCUACCACGACGCCUGCAUGGCAUGCCAUGGGGGGGCAGCACCACCCACACAGGCGGAGUGCCGUGCAGCAGAGGAGGGACAGAGGGCGUUUGAUGAGUACUUUGAGCGCCACGACCCCGCCGUGAACAUGCUGGGGCAGCUGUUUGGGGAGCAGGUGAGUCUUGUUGGUGAGGUGAGGCUGUUUGGGGAGCAGGUGAGUCUUGUUGGUGAGGUGAGGCUGUUCGGGGAGCAGGUGAGUCUUGUUGGUGAGGUGAGGCUGUUCGGGGAGCAGGUGAGGCUCUUGUGCUGUCGCUGCUGGGGUAUGUCUGGGGAGGAGGUGAGGGCGUUCGAUGAGUACUUUGAGCAGCACGACCCCGCCGUGAACAUGCUGGGACAGCUGUUUGGGGAGCAGGUGGGGCUUAUUGUGUGCUCCUGCUAG